UGCUUUUCGCUGUAUUCCCGCAGGGACAGAUUUUGACGGGAGUGGACCCUCUCGCUUCGUUUCGUCCUCUCUGGCACUAGUCUACUUGGUCAGCUGACUGCAAAACAUCUGACAAGGGAAGAACCAGUCUCGACAGAUUGACACCCUGGUUAACCAACUACUAUUCGCAUCCUAUGUACAUCGUCCAAUUAGAUUCAGAGGUUGGUUGAAGAGCAGGGUUUUCGGCGAAAGGGAAACAUAGGCUACCCGAAGAUCUAAAGGAGAAUAUUACAACACACUCUCAAGGAUUUGCAAGUAACAUUGGCAUUAUUGAUGCAUUUAAACUGUAUUUUACGUUUUAUCGGCGGUGUAGAAGGAUUUGUCGGUAAAAGCAGGACUGCGUAAAACUAAUAGGGUGCGGGGGGGAUUGGGGGAAGCGAGCGUCGUCGGGUCAAAAUGUCGAUUCAGUACGAAGUGGAACCGCUGGCAGACAGCUACGGGGUAGCGGACUCGUUUCCCAAAGAUUUUGGCUAUGGAGAAGAGGAGGCCGACAUCGAGGAUAGCCCAACUCCAUCUGACAGCAAACCUAGAAUUCUGUUGAUGGGUUUGCGAAGAAGUGGCAAGUCGUCAAUACAGAAGGUGGUAUUCCACAAAAUGUCUCCCAACGAGACGCUGUUCCUGGAGAGCACCAACAAGAUCUACAAGGACGACAUCUCCAGUAGCUCGUUUGUCAACUUCCAGAUCUGGGACUUCCCGGGUCAAGUGGACUUCUUCGACCCUACCUUUGACUACGAGAUGAUCUUCAGAGGCACGGGGGCUUUGAUAUUCGUCAUUGACGCACAGGAUGACUAUGUGGAGGCGUUGGGCAGACUCCACCUCACCGUGUCGCGGGCCUACAGGGUCAACCCCGAGAUUAACUUUGAGGUGUUCAUCCACAAAGUGGACGGCCUCUCCGACGACCACAAGAUCGAGACCCAGAGAGACAUCCACCAGAGAGCCAACGACGACCUGGCAGACGCCAGCCUAGAGAAGCUUCACCUCAGUUUCUAUUUGACAAGUAUCUAUGACCACUCAAUAUUCGAGGCCUUCAGUAAAGUGGUCCAGAAGCUUAUCCCACAGCUGCCAACACUGGAAAACCUUCUAAACAUCUUUAUAUCUAACUCGGGCAUAGAGAAGGCCUUUCUGUUUGACGUGGUCAGUAAGAUCUACAUCGCCACAGACAGCAGUCCGGUGGACAUGCAGUCUUAUGAGCUGUGCUGCGACAUGAUCGACGUGGUUAUAGAUGUCUCCUGCAUCUAUGGUCUGAAGGAGGACGGCAGUGGUAGUGCCUACGACAAGGAGUCCAUGGCUAUCAUCAAGCUGAACAACACCACAGUCCUCUACCUGAAAGAGGUCACCAAGUUCCUGGCGUUGGUCUGCAUCCUCCGGGAGGAGAGCUUUGAGCGCAAAGGCUUGAUAGACUACAACUUCCACUGUUUCCGGAAGGCCAUCCACGAGGUGUUUGAGGUGGGCGUUUCCACACCGUGGACGGGCUCCCAGGCGGCCGGCACGCCCUGCACCAAGGCUGUGACACUCAACGGCACGCCCCGGAGCACUGUCUAAACACAGACAGACAGACCGACGGAGAGAUGAUAGGAAAGACAGAAAGAUCUAAAAUGAAGAUGGGGAGGGAUCGUGCGGAGAAGACUAAUGGAUUGGGGUUUUCAGUAAACCAAUCAUAUCUCUCGCACCCAGAUCCUAAAAAUCACAGGAAGAGGACUAGAGCUAAAAAUUCAAAUGAAGAGUCAGGGCUGAACCCGAAGCUCAGAGGGUAAGGAGGACUGCGAGCUUACAAAGCUAGGAUGGAAGGGAAACUAAAUGCAGAGAUACCAGGAACAUUCAUACAUUUUGUGGGAAUACAAGGCAUUGUUUUCCGCUGUUCGGCACGAAAACAGCGACAUGAAAGUCCAACUGGACUGGUAUACACAAGCAAAAGCGUAUUUGGCAUUUGGGAACUUUCAGUGAGAUUAGGCCUCACGUGCUGCAAGUCCCAAGAGCCCUGAGGAAGCUUGGUAAUAUCGCUGUCUGUUUUAGCUGCUGGUUCAUCCAUGUGAAGAAGUACUUUAAAAAUAGAAAAAAUGAAACCUUGAGUAACCCUCGAUAAGGACAAGAAACUGCAAAGGCUGUGUGGGGAUCAGUAUAGUUGUGUAACCCUGUGCAGACUUAUGGGUCGAAGUCUCUAAGAAAUGCUUGGUGUUUAUCCAAAACGCACAUAGUAACACUUUCCCAAGGCCUUACUUAGAUUGAGCUUGCCUGUUGCAAACUUUCUCUCACUACUCACUUGCCUGUAUGCUGCCCAAGACUUUGCUUCUGGUUUCACUAAUUCUGAAGAAAACAGGGUUCCUCAGAGUGCAAAAGGGAUUGUAGUGUCCACAUUUUUCUGCUUCUGCUCUGCGUGUGUGUGUCCGUAAAAGAGGAUAGUUGGUGUUCAUGGAUUCAUGACUCCCCCAUCAUGUUGAUUUGCCAGUGUAGGCCCUAUGCUCAAAGUUGUUGAAGUGUCAUACUGUAUAAUGCUAUGCCAUGUUGGAAAACUGAGCUAAAAAAUAAAACUGUUACCAGUG